AAAGCGGCAGCGUCCUAGAAGAAGCGACUCGUGGCGGUGGAAUUUGGCGGCGGCGCUCCUCUAGCCGAAAGCAGCCAUGGACCUCGCGGCGGCAGCGGAGCCGGGUGCCGGCAGCCAGCACCAGGAAGUGCGCGACGAGGUGGCCGAGAAGUGCCAGAAACUGUUCCUGGACUUCUUGGAAGAGUUCCAGGGAAGUGAUGGAGAAAUUAAGUAUCUGCAGUUAGCAGAGGAGCUAAUCCGUCCUGAGAGAAAUACACUGGUUGUAAGUUUUGUAGACCUGGAGCAAUUUAACCAACAAUUGUCCACCACAAUUCAAGAAGAGUUUUACAGAGUCUACCCUUACCUGUGUCGGGCAUUGAAAACCUUCGUCAAAGACCAAAAAGAUAUCCCUCUUGUCAAGGAUUUUUAUGUAGCGUUUCAAGACCUACCUAGCAGACACAAGUAAGAACCCUUUUGAAAGAAAAUAACUCAGCAGAUAGUUUCAGUAUCAUUUAGUAGUCAAAAAACCUCGGGAACUUUGGUGGCUCACAUACAUAUAAUCUUAGCUACUGAGAUCUGAGUAAAAGUUCAGAGGCAGCCUGGCCAGACAAAUCCUUGAGACACUUUAUCUCCAACUAAACAGCAGAAAAGGAAAUUUCUUCUUUGUAUGUUACAGGUUCGUAUUCAAGAGACUCAAGCAGAGCUUCCCCGGGGAAGUGUCCCUCGAAGUUUAGAAGUAAUCUUAAGGGCUGAAGCUGUGGAGUCAGCUCAAGCUGGUGACAAGUGUGACUUUACAGGGACACUGAUUGUUGUGCCUGAUGUCUCCAAGCUUAGCACACCAGGAGCACGUGCAGAAACUAAUUCCCGUGUUAGUGGUGUUGAUGGAUAUGAGACAGAAGGCAUUCGAGGACUCCGGGCCCUUGGUGUUAGGGAUCUUUCUUACAGACUGGUCUUUCUUGCAUGUUGUGUUGCACCAACUAACCCACGGUUUGGAGGGAAAGAGCUCAGAGAUGAAGAACAGACAGCUGAGAGCAUUAAGAACCAAAUGACUGUGAAGGAGUGGGAAAAAGUGUUUGAAAUGAGUCAAGAUAAAAAUCUCUACCACAAUCUUUGCACCAGCUUAUUCCCUACUAUACAUGGCAAUGAUGAAGUAAAACGGGGUGUUCUGCUGAUGCUCUUUGGUGGUGUUCCAAAGACAACAGGGGAAGGGACCUCUCUUCGAGGGGACAUAAAUGUUUGCAUUGUAGGUGACCCAAGUACAGCUAAGAGCCAAUUUCUGAAGCAUGUGGAAGAAUUCAGCCCCAGAGCUGUCUACACCAGUGGCAAAGCAUCCAGUGCUGCUGGUUUAACAGCAGCUGUUGUGAGAGAUGAAGAAUCUCAUGAAUUUGUCAUUGAGGCUGGAGCUUUGAUGCUGGCUGAUAAUGGUGUGUGUUGUAUUGAUGAAUUUGAUAAGAUGGAUGUGCGAGAUCAAGUUGCUAUUCAUGAAGCUAUGGAACAACAGACCAUAUCCAUCACUAAAGCAGGUGUAAAGGCAACUUUGAAUGCCCGGACAUCCAUCUUGGCAGCAGCAAAUCCAGUCAGUGGACACUAUGACAGGUCAAAGUCAUUAAAACAGAAUAUAAAUUUGUCAGCUCCUAUCAUGUCUCGAUUUGAUCUCUUCUUUAUCCUGGUUGAUGAAUGCAAUGAGAAAUGUUUCUCUAGCUUCAUUGCUGUUUUGAAACAGAUUUCCAAAGAGUCACAGGACUUCAUUGUGGAACAGUAUAAACGCCUCCGCCAGAGGGAUGGUUCUGGAGUAACCAAGUCUUCAUGGAGGAUUACAGUGCGACAGCUUGAGAGCAUGAUCCGUCUCUCUGAAGCUAUGGCUCGGAUGCACUGCUGUGAUGAGGUCCAACCUAAGCAUGUGAAGGAAGCCUUUCGGUUACUGAAUAAAUCAAUCAUUCGGGUUGAAACACCUGAUGUCAAUCUAGAUCAAGAGGAAGAGACCCAAAUGGAGGUAGAUGAGGGUCCAGGAGGCAUCAAUGGUCAUGCUGACAGCCCUGCCCCCGUGAAUGGAAUUAAUGGCUACAGCGAAGAUGUACAUCAAGAGUCUGUUCCCAAACCCUCCUUAAGGCUGGGCUUCUCUGAGUAUUGCCGAAUCUCUAACCUUAUUGUGCUACACCUCAGAAAAAUGGAAGAAGAAGAAGAUGAGUCAGCAUUGAAGAGGAGUGAGCUUGUUAACUGGUACUUAAAGGAAAUGGAAUCAGAAAUAGACUCUGAAGAAGAACUUAUAAAUAAAAAGAGAAUCAUAGAGAAAGUCAUUCAUCGACUCACACACUAUGAUCAUGUUCUUAUUGAACUCACACAAGCUGGAUUGAAAGGUGCUAUAGAAGGAAGUGAGAGCUAUGAAGAUCCCUAUUUGGUAGUUAACCCUAACUACUUGCUUGAAGACUGAAAUACUAAAAGUAACUGACAAGAGCCAAGGAGCUUUGGCACAGCUCUUUCUGGCCUGGAACCUGUAUGGAGCUCUGCUAAGAAGUAAAGUGAUGCUUUGGAAUUUGUCCUAAGAAUAACAGUGGAGUCCUAUCUAUCACAUUCCUAUAAUAUGCUUUUAUACCAGCACCAGCUUUAGUGUGUUUCUUGUCCCAAUAAAGUUGGAACUCAGUAAUAAUGUGGUUUCUGUAAGACCUUUGCUUUGUUUUCACAUGUAGGAAAAAGCCUGUUACUUCUAUGGUAUUCAGUAUCUUACCAAUCAAGAAGUUAAGCUUUCUUCAGUUGCUAACUACUGCUUUUAUUCAUUAAAUAAAAUAAUUUGACCUGAA